AUGGCUAAAGAAAUCGCUGAAAAAUGUCAACAGCCAGAAAUUAUUGUAACUGACUUAGCGAUAGCAAAAAUGGCAAUGCAAAUUCAAGAACAAGAAAAACCGCUAUACAAUAAAAUUUUACGAACUGCAGCAAAUUUUGCUCGAUCACCGGUUGACUUGACGCUAGAGCAAACUAUCAAUGCUGAUGCUAGCAAUCAAUUGGCUGAUAAUCUUGCUGCUGACUCAAUAUCCGCACGUCAAAGAUGGGCGCUCAGUCACAGCAUGAGGACGAAGAUAUUAACAUCUAUCAAACAAAAUAUCGGAUUAACGAAAAAAGAUGAUACUUCGCACUCAUUGCAACAAAGUAAAAUUAAGAAAGACAAAAAAAAUCUUAACAGUAUCAUUGAAGCAAUAAAAUGUACGAUGAAUCCAUUUGAUGACACUAUUGACAAAGAUACAUUAUUCAACAUUUCAACCGGCAAAGCUGCGUCUAAAGAAGUUGCUGUUCAGUUUCCUGCUGAACGUGAAAACAGCAGGCUAUCAACAAAAAUUAAAUUUUAUCUCAGAAUGCUCUUCAACUCCUGCAAGAUUCGAUAA